AAGAUGUCAGCCCUAUAGCGCUUGUAAUCUUCCUCCAAAUCCCCUUUGAAAAUGUCAUGCCCCAACAAUGUGGCCGCCAACACCUUUCUGAUGGACCCGUUGGCCGCGGUUUGCAGAGGUGAGAAUUUCAGCUCCAAUCCUGGGAUGUACAUGCAGGCAGGAGCCGAGUUUGGCUGUGGGGUGCGAAACUGUGGAUUAAUUCCUGCUCUGUCCAAACGGGAUGAGGUUAAUCCUUCAAAUCUGGCUCUGACCAACUACCCUUACCUAUCUCAACUGGACGGAUGGGGCGAGCAUCCCAAAUCCUAUAGGAUCGAACAACCUGUUGCCAGGACUCUACCUUCCUGUUCUUUCCCGACCACGGUGAAAGAAGAGAACAUCUGCUGUAUUUACGGUUCGGAGAAACGAGGCAAAACGACCGGGGACGGUGCACUGUACCCGGGGCUAACGCCAGAAACUUGCCCAACCGAAAAUGAAGUCCCCGUGCCCGGAUAUUUCCGUGUGAGUCAAGGUUACUCAGUGGGCAAAUCUCCCGACUGCAGCACCACAGCUGAAUUCGACUCCGCUUUUAAUUCGGCGCCGAAUCUGCAACAGAUCGACAAGAUUCAACAACCUCCGACAAGCGUGACAGAGAGUUUUAUCAAAAGCCCCGGAAACAAAAAGGACGGCGGUGACGGGGGUGAGAAAACUCUAAAUGCGAGUAGCGCUAAGAACAAUUAUGUUGCUGCCAGAAAAGAGUUAAACAGAGAAGAUUCUAGUCGGGUUACACCCUCCAAAGAGACAGAAACAGUCACUGAAGCCUCUAAACAGCAGGAUUUGAGCUCAGAAAACUCGGACACUGAAUUCAAAGAGGAAACCAAGAGAGAAAAUGCAGCAGGAAGCUGGCUGACAGCUAAGAGCGGAAGAAAGAAGCGUUGUCCUUACACCAAACACCAAACACUGGAAUUAGAAAAAGAAUUUCUCUUCAAUAUGUACUUGACUCGCGAGCGCCGCCUUGAGAUCAGUAAGAGCAUCAACCUCACCGACAGACAAGUUAAGAUCUGGUUCCAAAACCGUAGAAUGAAGCUGAAGAAAAUGAGUAGGGAGAACCGGAUCCGAGAACUGAGUACCAAUUUUACCAUUUCAUGAAUAUAAUUAAAUUCUCUGUGGGUGAAAACAGGGGAAAUCCGAAGAGCCCAAAGACUGUUUUACAGAGAAUGUCACAUUCAAUGCCACCUUCUAUCUAUCUAUCGUUAUUGGAUAGUGUGUUCAUUGUAACAAAAAAUAGGCAUGUGGACCGAUCGCGUUGUGUGUUAUUUCAUCCAUCCUAGUAAAUGUUUAAAUUAUUAACUAGCACAAAAAUGUACAACGUUGAAAUAUUAUCUUUAUAAGACAAAACAUGACUUGCUAAAAUGUGUUGAAAAUGGACUAACGUUGGUAUUUAAGUUUUAGAAAAAGAGAGAAUCGAGGUUUUGAACUCUCCCCCACCCCACCUCCCCCCACUCUCAAAAAAAAUGAUAAUGUAAAUGUAGUUUAAACACAGGGACAACUUUUAAUUUUAAUGCCUAGUUGGUUGAGCACAGCUGUGUGAUGUGAAUGUCUGACAGAGAACGCCGAUUCCUGCCACCAGACAAUGUCUUCACUAUAUCUGACAUCUGCAGUGGAAUUUAAGACUUAAUGAAAUGGUAGGAAGAUAGUGCUCGUCAUAUCUAGAAACGAAGCAAGCUGGCAGUAAAUGAUAAAUGUUUUUUUUAAAUAUAUAUAUAUAUAUAUUGUGUGUGUGCGUGCGUGUGUGAGUAUGUGUGUGUGUGUGUGUGUGUGCGCGUGUGGUGUCUUAUGCAUGUAGUGUCGUGCUUCACAGAUCUGAAUAAAUCGAUGUGUUUAUUU